AUGGUUUCCUUCCCAUACUUUACAUCAGAUCCAAAGCUUCGGCGCAUAGAAUGAGCAAACUGAAGAAGCAAGGGGAUGGAUGGGGAACCGACGGAGGGAGGCACAGAGUGAGCCCCGCUGGGGGUGGCGGGGCUGUGGGGCUGUGGCCUCCAGGGCUCCCCGGGUCACGGGGGCAGCUCUCACCCGUGCUUUCCUCUCCGGCUUGUCCUCGCAGGCGAGACGGCGGCCAGCUCCAUGCAUUCGUCCCGUUACCCGAGCCCGGCCGAGCUGGACGCCUACGCCGAGAAGGUGGCCAACAGCCCACUGUCCAUCAAGAUCUUCCCCACCAACAUCCGGGUGCCCCAGCACAAGCACCUCGGCCGCACCGUCAACGGCUAUGACACGAGCGGCCAGCGCUACAGCCCCUACCCGCAGCACGCCGCCGGCUACCAGGGCCUGCUGGCCGUCGUCAAGGCUGCUGUGUCCUCCUCCGGCUCCGCCGCACCCGCCGGGCCCGCCAAGAGCGUGCUCAAGAGCGCCGAGGGCAAGCGGACCAAGCUGUCGCCGGCCGCUGUGCAGGUGGGCAUCGCGCCCUACCCAGUGCCCAGCACUCUGGGGCCCCUGGCCUACCCCAAGCCCCCCGAGGCACCCGCCCCGCCACCCGGCCUGCCCGCGGCUGCCGCCACCGCCGCCGCCGUCAUACCCCUGCCUGGCCGCAGCCUGCCCCUGCCGCCUUCCAACCUGCCCUCCAUCCACAGCCUCCUCUACCAGCUCAACCAGCAGUGCCAGGCCCCGGGCGCCGCGCCCGCCGCCUGCCAGGCCGUAGCCGGUCCGCACCCCAGCCCGGCCAAGCACGGCCCCGUGCCCAGCUUCCCCGGCAUGGCCUACUCGGCCGCCGCUGGCCUGCCCGACUGCCGGAAAGGCACCGAGCUGGGCCAGGGGAGCACAGCGGCCUUGACGUUGGCGGGGGCCACCAAGCCUGCAGGGUAUGCGGACGGGGGCCUGGAUUACCUGCUGUGGCCGCAGAAGCCGCCCCCACCGCCCCCCCAGCCGCUGCGGGCCUACAGCGCCGGCACCGUGGCCAGCAAGUCCCCCGAGGCCUGCGGGGGACGGGUGUAUGAGCGGGCCAGCGGGUCGCCCCUCACCUGCGGCAUGGGGCUGCCCACCGGCUUCACCGUGGGCCAGUACUUCGCCGCCCCCUGGAACAGCGUGCUGGUGACCCCCACCAGCGAUUGCUACAACCCGGCGGCAGCUGUGGCAGUCACCGAGCUGGGGCCGGGGGCGGCCCGGGAGCUGGCGGGGCCCCCCGUGGAGGCGCUCUCGGGCCUGCCCAGCAAGAGCGUGUGCAACACGGCGGCGCUGAGCAGCAGCCUGCAGUCACUGGAGUAUCUCAUCAACGACAUCCGGCCGCCCUGCAUCAAGGAGCAGAUGCUGGGCAAGGGCUACGAGACUGUGGCGGUGCCCCGGCUGCUCGACCACCAGCAUGCCCACAUCCGCCUGCCGGUCUACAGAUAAGGCCCGCCCGGCGGCUGCACAGAAGGACGGACAGGGCGCCGAGAGGGGAGGCAGGCCGCGGAACAGGGUGGGCGGUGCCCAGGGGUGCCCGGCCUCGCCCUGUGCCCGAGUGCCCGCGGAUGCCCACAGGGAAGCCAGGCUGGCUGCUGCCUUGUGGCCACGUGAUGGGGAGUAGCAGGGCGACCUGGCUCCCCGUGGCCCCUCCCUGCCAUCGGCUGCCCUAGGACACGGGGAGGGCCCAGGGCAGCCGCUGGCGUCCACCACUUCUCCAUCCAAGCUGGUGGAGGCAGGGAGAGAGAAACCACUUUAAAACAGGAAUGGUUCUUCCUGGCUUUCCCAGGAGAGGAGCUCAGGCCAGGGUGGGAUACAGGAAGAAAUGUGACGGU